AUAUAUCUUAAUCGUAAUGAUUUCUGUUCUUUCACGUUUUUAUGUAUUGUACUGUCUCUCUUUUAUAAAGAACUGAACGAUGCAAAGGCUAUGGUAGCAGCUCUUGAAUUAAUCUUUACAUCAUCUGCUCGAUAUGGUGUUUCUGCCGCUGAUUUAAGCAGUGAAUUACAGCAACUAGGACUCCCUCGUGAGCACAGUGCUGCAAUUGCCAGAUUACAUACGGAUUAUUGUCCUCAAAUUACUGCUACGCUUUCUUCCCAAUCCUUGAGAGUGAGUAGAUUAUCAUCGAUUGAAGUUUUGUCCUGUGAUAAUUCGUCACCUUUCUCCACGGUAUCUCUUAAAUUAAAGAAAUUGGAUGGAAAUGUGGAAGAUUCUAUUAUUAAUAUUUCAAAAAAAGAUGUACAUGUUCUAUUAACAGAAUUACGAAGAGCCAAGUCAUUGAUGGAAAACCUUUGAAUAAAUAAUAUUCUAUAUAUUAAACACAAUUUUUAUUAAAAAUAAUAAAGUAUACUGUUCUUAUUACA